CCAUCUGUUCUCAGGCCCCUUUGCUGAGACUGACACCCAGCACUUUGCGCCACCUUACUCUAGCCAGGUAAGUCAUUAAGCCUUCAGUGUAAUUUGAGGUUGAUUUUUAAGAAACCUACCCUGCUGAUAAUUAUGGGAAGCAUGUGAAACUCCUGGAAAAGGUAACAACUUGGCUUAAAUAUGCUUGUUGUUAGAUCAUUAAACUUUAGUUCAGUGUGGAAACAUUCAUUGGCCGUUUUGUAGAUCCACGAUGUCAUGUAUUUUGGGUAACUGUGAUAAUAUAGGAAAAUAUUAUUUUGUGAGGAUAAUGCUUAAUUACCUAAUUUUACUUUUUGUUGAAGCAUAAUGAAAUCCAUAAGGAAAACUGAUCACUUGGAGAGAACUGCAAGUGUCGUUCGCCGGGAGGUUUGUAUCUUUGGGGUGUGGGAGGUUUUUCUAUCUGGACAAUUUGUGCAUAGUUAUGACUGGCCUAUGAGUCAGGCAUUAGAUGCAUUUGGUCCCUUCGAAGGACCAAAGGGGCAGUUUGUUAUUGUUCUGUUCAGAAGUUUUCUGAGGAAGAAAUUAGUUAUUAUUAGUUAUUAUUAGUUAUUAUAUAACUAAUUUGAAAAGGUAACAGAGAAGGGCUUAAAUUUUUAUUUUCUAACUUGGAAUAAAUGGAUUAACUUUUAGGGAAGGGAGUAUAGCAGCAAUGGAGAGAACCAUCCUCACAGGUAUGAUGUUUAGGGUUUUAUUUCAGGAAUACAAUUACUUUUAGAACCUACAUUUUAUGAAUGGCUCACCUUUUUCUUUUUGUUUCCUUUUUUUGGCACCGUGUCUUAAAGUCUUCAUUCUCAUCCCUGCUUUAGAACACCAGCUUAUUUCAUCAAGGGAGAAAGCUCUAACAUCUGAGAAAGGAAGGUGGACGAACUCUUGUUAUCCUUCUAAUGUACAGAUUUUUCCUACUAUAUUCAGACUAUACAAAACUAAUCUACCAUCUGAAGGGGUGUCAAGGGCUGGUAAAUAAAGGAUCCUCACCCUUUACCUCAAUUGUGUCGGCAGCUAAGGUGUGUGGGGCUGCCAGUGAGUCACCAUCAGUAAAGAGCCUCCGCUUGCUUGUUGCUGACCGAGAUUUUUCCUUUAAAGCUGGCCAAUGGAUUGAUUUCUUUAUCCCAGGAGUCUCUGUGGUUGGUGGAUUUUCAAUAUGCUCCAGCCCAAGACUGCUAGAACAAGAGAGAAUGAUAGAGUUGGCAGUGAAAUAUACAAACCACCCUCCUGCCCUCUGGAUUCACAAUAAGUGUACACUUGACUCUGAAGUGGCUGUAAGAGUGGGUGGAGAGUUCUUCUUUGACCCUCAGCCUGCAGAUGCUUCUAGAAACCUAGUGUUGAUUGCAGGAGGAGUUGGAAUUAACCCCCUGCUUUCCAUCCUGCGGCACUCAGCAGAUCUCCACAGAGAGCAGGCAAACAAAGGAAGUGGGUAUAAGAUAGGAACAAUAAAGCUGUUCUACAGUGCGAAAAAUACAAGUGAACUUCUCUUUAAGAAAAAUAUCCUCGAUUUAGUAAAUGAAUUUCCUGAGAAGAUUGCAUGCAGUUUACAUGUUACAAAACAGACUACACAAAUCAGCGCAGAACUCAAGCCUUAUAUCACGGAAGGAAGAAUAACGGAGAAGGAGAUAAGAGAUCAUAUUUCAAAAGAGACUUUGUUCUAUAUUUGUGGCCCACCUCCAAUGACAGACUUUUUCUCCAAGCAACUGGAAAAUAGCCAUGUUCCCAAAGAACACAUUUGCUUUGAGAAGUGGUGGUAGAAGCAGGCAAAGGCAGAAGAGAGGAGAAGAUGAUGAGAUCUGCUCAGGA